CUUUCGUAACUCCAGAAACACAUUGUUACCAAAGGUAUUCCUGCCACUGUAUGCUUAUUUUAUUUAUUCUGUCUGGAUAGGAAUCAAAGCGGUAACUGAGUUAACUCAACCAAACACAUACAAAAACAAAAAAAGUAUGUUGGCGCUACGAUGCAAUGUGAGUUUAUCUACAAAGAUGUUCAUGAAACAGUUUGUUUACAACUUGGAAAAUGCCAUUUUCUUUGCUGUUAAUAAAAAUCGCUAAUGUCAAGGAGAGAGCCGGGGCGUACAAAUCAGCACAUCUGUAUCGUGAUUUGUUGUAAAUUCAAUUACAUUGAAGGCAAGGUGGUUUAGAUAAGACAGUGAUAUUCACCUGUGAUCUCUGCAUGGUGCAGUCCUCCUCCAGACAUGAAGUUCUUAAGUCUGUGUUACAUUCAGUGGAGUGGUCAUUGCAAGAAACUGUUCUUCGCGCUUACUUUUGUUUUUACUUUGGUUGCCGUCUGCUUACACAUGUCCUUGAACCCUGUGAAUACCAAGGCCGUAUGUGACAACACCAAGACAAACGUGUAUCAUUGGGCCCUGCAGACAUCGCAAGAAUCCAAAGAAAACAAAGAUUUCACGUUUCUUCCUGACAUCCAAAAAAUAAACAUCUCGUACGCCUAUGAGAGACAAUGGGUUGGCUUUCCAUCUGUGGCUAGAAUCGACUGCGAAUACUCACUCAAAUACAGGGCUAUCAACAAAAGUUAUCCUAAAACAGUUAAACGAAUUCUUCCGAUACAUUUCAUAGAAGACUCCCUGAACUGUUCCACGUUUCUUGACAAGUAUGGCUACCGAAGAUAUCCGCAAGCGUCUAUUGAAGAGCGAAAUUUCCCUAUAGCUUUUGUUCUGUUGUUUCACAAGGAUAUUGAUCAGGUUCACUUUCUCCUUCGCGCCAUCUACCGCCCCCACAAUGUGUAUUGUCUUUCAGUAGAUGUCAAGUCUUCUGUUGAGUUUUUGGCAGCGACAAAGUCGCUGGCCGAGUGUCUUCCUAACGUCUUUGUGUCCAGUAAACUUGAGAACAUUGUCUACGGGGGAUACUCACGUCUAAUGGCGGACAUUAACUGCUUUCAGGACUUGGUGAAACAUCCGGUGCCAUGGAGAUACGUCAUCAACAGUCCAGGACAACAGUUUCCUCUUAGAACAAACCUCGAACUGGUUAAAAUUCUGAAAUUGCUGAACGGAACAAAUGACGUGCUUGGAGUCACUGGGGAAUCCAGGAACAUUGAAAGAUUCAUGACCAAAUGGAAAUACAUCACCAACGAAACCACAGGAGACGUUUACCUGAUGCCCACUUCUGACAAGAACGACCCUCCGCCUCAUAACCUGGACGUUGUUAAGUGUAGCGCGUACGGUGCCUUCAGCAGGGCGUUUGUCCAUUUUGUGCUGACCAGCCCGAUUUCCAGGGAUCUCUUGAACUGGUCCAGGGCCGUCUACAGUCCUGACGAAAUGUUUUGGGCAACCCUCAACUACAACACUAUCUCCCCUGCACCUGGUGGUUUCAAAGGUGUUCCAACCAACAGACCAUGGCUCGCAUCCUUUUCACUCUGGCCUUGGGAUAAUCUCCCUUGUCACUCCAAAUUUGUCCGACAGAUCUGUAUAUUCGGUAUUGAUGAUCUACCAUUGCUGAUGUCCACGCAUGCGCUGUUUGCCAAUAAGUUCUACAUCAACCACGAGCCAAUGGCGUUGCAUUGUCUUGACCAGUACCUAUAUAAUUUAACAAUGUUAGGUGAACCUAGAGAUACUUCUUAUUACCAGAAUCAUUUUAUGACUAAAUAAAAGUG